UAAUGGCGGCGCUCUGUGUGUGUGGGGGAGGGGAGGGUGCGGAUUUAAAUCCCGAUUCUGCAGCUUUCCUGAAGGGUUUUGAGUAACUGCCGAGCGGCGGGUUAUUGCCCAGGGGGCGGCCAUGCGGGAGUUUGUUAGCCUGGUUUUGCUGUGUCUUUGCCGGCCGGGCUGCGGGGAUGAGCGCGAUGAUGUUCACAUUUUUGAUACCUGGAGCUCCUUGCAGAAUUAUGCAUUGUCGUUGUGGCACGUUAGACACUACAUCUAUUCAACCAUUGUUGUUGCCUUAGGAGUUUGGGCAGCUGUUGAGUUCUUAAGUAAAAACCACAACAAGCAGAAAGUUGAGAACAGCAUUGUACCAAAAGUAGCCAAAGAAAUCAUUCAAAAUGGGCAUUUAGCCCAAGAAGAAAAGGAAGUUCAUGUUGCUGGGGUGAAGAUUUUCUUUGGUUCUCAAACUGGUACUGCUGAGAGGUUUGCCACAACCCUUGCAGAUGCUGUACAAAAACUUGGAUUACCUGUGGAAGUUGUUGAUCUGAAGGAGUAUGAUCCAGAUGAAAACCUGGUAGAUGAGGUAUACACUAAAAGUAUCUGUGUAUUCAUGGUUUCCACAUACACUGAUGGACAACCAAAUGAAAGUGCAGCCUGGUUUUGUAAGUGGUUGGAAGAUGCAACACAUGACUUCAGAUAUGGCAAAUCCUACCUCAAAGGUUUGAGAUAUGCAGUAUUCGGCUUGGGCAACUCUGUUUAUGUAAAUCAUUACAACACCGUCGGUAAAAAUAUUGAUAUGUGGUUGUGGAUGUUGAGUGCCAGUCGUAUUAUGACCCGUGGAGAAGGUGAUUGCAACGUGGUAAAGAGCAAACAUGGCAGCAUCGAGGCUGACUUUAGUGAAUGGCAAACCAUGUUCUUGAGCAGAGUACAAGCACUCUACAAAGAGGAAAAAAAAGAAUGUAGUGGCAGCUGCAAAAAGGGGAAAUGCAAGUCCAAAGAGGAGAAACAUAAAGAGGAAUCCAGUCAGAAUGAAGUGCCAGAAGAGAUAAAAGAUCACAGUAGUGAAGAGGAAGAAUUGUUUGAGACAACAAGUGAAGAAGAAUCUGGAUUGGAAGAUGAAAUUGAAGCUGCUUCUGUCAUUGAUGUAGAAGACCUGGGCAAUGUUAUGAACAAUAUGAAACAAGCAAAGGAGGAAAGAGAAACGGCCAAAAAAGUUGUGAAACGAAAAGCAUCAAAGCGUGCUAUUGGAAAAAAUGAAAUAGCAGAACCAAGAGAAAUGAUCACUCCAGCACUUAGGGCUGCACUCUCAAAGCAAGGAUACAGGCUGAUAGGAAGUCACUCGGGUGUGAAGCUCUGCAGAUGGACCAAGUCCAUGCUUCGAGGUAGAGGUGGCUGUUACAAACACACAUUCUAUGGCAUUGAAAGCCAUCGUUGUAUGGAGACAACCCCUAGUCUAGCCUGUGCCAACAAAUGUGUUUUUUGCUGGAGACACCAUACCAACCCAGUUGGAACGGAAUGGCGAUGGAAAAUGGAUGAAGCAGAUAUGAUUUUAAAAGAAGCAAUUGAGAACCAUCAGAACCUGAUAAAACAGUUUAAAGGCGUACCUGGAGUAAAGGCUGAACGUUUUGCAGAGGGAAUGAUGGUGAAACACUGUGCAUUGUCAUUGGUAGGAGAGCCGAUCAUGUACCCAAAAAUCAACCAAUUUGUAAAACUGUUGCAUCAUAAAAAAAUUUCCACUUUCCUAGUAACAAAUGCUCAGUUUCCAGAGGAAAUCAGAAAACUUGAACCAGUUACUCAGCUUUAUGUCAGCGUGGAUGCAAGUACAAAGGAUAGCCUGAAGAAAAUUGAUCGUCCUCUCUUUAAGGACUUUUGGCCAAGGUUUCUUGAGUCCCUGAAGGCUUUGGCAGACAAGAAGCAACGCACAGUAUAUAGAUUAACUUUGGUAAAGGCUUGGAAUGUGGAUGAACUUCGAUCUUAUGCUGAUCUGAUUGAGAUUGGGAAACCUGACUUCAUUGAAGUUAAAGGGGUGACGUAUUGUGGUGAAAGCUCAGCAAGUAAUCUGACUAUGGCUAAUGUUCCAUGGCACGAGGAGGUUGCAUAUUUUGUCCAGCAGCUGGCUGACCUUCUGAGAGACUAUGAAAUUGCUUGUGAACAUGAGCAUUCGAACUGCCUCCUCAUAGCACACAAAAAGUUCAAAGUAAAUGGAGAAUGGUGGACUUGGAUAGACUAUGACCGCUUUCAGCACCUCAUCAAAGAUAAUGAGGAGAACAAUGGCACGAAGAUAAUCUCUGCUGAAGAUUAUAUGGUGAAGACACCACCCUGGGCACUCUUUGGAGCUAAGCAGAGGGGUUUUGAUCCUGUUGAUAUUCGCUUCCUAAGGAAAAAAAGGAAGGACAUCUCAGGUUGUUAAGACUAUUCAGUGUGACUCAUGCGUGGUGCCACGGGAAUUCAAAAGAAAUUGUGCACAGUUCAUAUUGGUCUUUAGACCAGCUGUGUAUUAGUAUUGUAAUGGAUUUUAAUUCGAGUGUAAAUUGAAGAAUUUAUCAAAAUACGCACAUGCAGAAUAGGAAACUACAUGCAGAGUAGGAAACCACAUGUAUCACAUUCAAAUGUUGCAGUAUAUCCUUAACCAAAACUGCUGCCAAUUGACAACCAUAUUUGACAAUGUAAUAAGCGUAACUGUCUGAAUCAGGCAUGUCCAACCUACGGCCUGCUGGUCACAAUCUGACACACUAAACCUCUGUAUCCGGCCUGCAGAGUUAAUGUUCAAACUAUGGCUAGGUUCAGUGAAAGAUCUUGCAAGGAACUGCUCCUCCAAUCACACGCCGUUUCUCUCCCGUGUUUGCUGCGGUUCUCACCAGCAGCAAAUGCAGGAGAAACAGUCUCUGAUUGGAGGAGCAGUUAACAGUGUGAAGGUGAGUGCAUUCUCUUUUAAUAGCGUGGCUCUCUCUGUCUUUGGCUGCACCCUCUCUCUUGCCCUCCCGCACAGGGGUCGCGAUGGUGGAGCGGGCCAGGAGGAAGACCACGAGGAUAAGCAGUUGCAGCAACAGUGCCCACCUGGGGCAGCUGGAGUUUCAGAUAGGGCAGCGUGAGGAAACUUGUCUCUUCAGUAUCCCAAAUGCCUCCAACCUCCUGGGCCUGGGUGGGAAGUGAGUGACUCUGCAUGUGUGAGAGUCUGCACGUGUGUGUAUGUGAGAGAGAGAGAGCGUCUUUGUAUGUUGUCUGUGUGUGUGCGUGAGAACCCUGAGACUGGGAGGUAAGCCAGACACACACAAUACCCUUCCUCCCCUCCACCUCCCUCCCAAAAACCUAUCCACAAAGCAGGCUAGGAGAGGAGGAACACCCAGGCUGAAAGGGAACCCACUUCUGAUCCCCGUUUUCGUAUGAAUUUUGCAGAGGCCAGCACAGAGGCAAAUUCAAGGUCAGUGUUAGUUAUACCCAGCACCAUAGCUCAGCCCAGGUCCCCACCCCUUACCUGGUGACCAGGACUUCACAGUAGCAGAAGGAGGCCAUUCGGCCAAUAGAAUCUGCACUGGCUCUCUGAAAGAGCAUUCCACCUGGUCCUACUCCCCUGCCUUUUCCCAGUAACCGUGCACGUUCUCUCUUUUCCGGUAGCAAUCCAAUUCCCUUGUGAAUACCUUGAUCGAACUUGCCUCCACCACCCUCUCAGGAAGUUUGUUCCAGGAUCCAACCACUUUCUGGGUGAAAAAGAUUUUCUUCACAUCACAUUUACUCCUUUUGCCAAUUAUUUUCAACUUGUGCCCGCUAGUUCUUGGUGUUCUCUUGCGUGGUUACAGUUUCUCACUAUUUACCCUGUCCAUACCCCUCAGGAUUUUGAAUACCUUGGUCAAGCCUCCUCUCAGCCUUCUUUUCUCCAAGAAAAAGAGGCUCAACCUUUCCAAUCUAUCCUCAUAGCUACAGCUACAUCCCAGGAAUAAUUCUUGUGAAUCUCCUCUUUACUCUCUCCAAUGCCUUCACAUCGCCCAGAACUGGAUGCAGUAUUCCAGAUGAGGCAUAACUAGUGUCUUAUACAAGUUCAACAUGACUUCUUUACUCUUGUGCUCAGUGCCCCUAUUUAUAAAGCCUAAUAUACUAUAUGCUUUAUUUACUGCUCUCUCAACAUGCCAUGGCAUCUUCAGUGACCAAUGUAUGUAUACAUGAGGUCCCGCUGUUCCUGCGCCUCCUUUAGAGGCUGUCCCAUAUCUUUCCUGCCAAAGCGAAUCAUCUCACACUUCUCUGCAUUGAACUUCAUCUGCCACUUGUCUUCCCAAUCCACCAACAUGUCUAUGACUUGGCCCUAGUCUUUCUCUGCUUCUUAAUCAAAAAGGCAAAAAAGGUUAACUCUGCUGCUUGGCACUUUUGAAUUGUCAUUUUUAUUAUUACUCUACCCUUUUCUUUUGAAUUAUCAAUUUACUGCAUUGACAUUGAUUUUUUAAAAAAAAAUCCAUGUUUAAUGUUGUGCCAAAUGUUAUUUUUCCAAAAUUUGCUCACCAGCUCCUUGAGUGAGAAAAGAAGUGAAAUGUGGUCGCCUACGCAAACAGGUUGGACAAGCCUGGUCUAAAUCUUGUGUAUGUUAAUUGUCAUUGUUUCUAUUUUAUUCUGUUUUAUUCAACUUUCUUAUCUAUUGUCAGAUCCCCAUAAAAUUACAUUCAUCUAAGUUAGUGAGCUGUCCCUGUUGUUUUUUACAGCCACUUCCAACACAAGCUCUGCAACCUAACUUGAGUGUUAGUCGGGAUCAGAAUUGGAAGGACAGUAUCUGAUUUUCCUCUUCAAUGAUGUGAUGCAAGCAAUCCUGUCCUCAGCUUUGCAUCACAUUGAUAAAGAGGAAAAUCGGAUACUAUCCCUCCAAUUCUGAUACCUACUAACACUUGAGUUAGGUUGCAGAGCUGUGUGGAGGUGGCUGUAAAGAAAAAACAACAGGGUCAGCCCACCAACUCUCUUGUAAAGUUCAACGUUCGUUGUCGGAAAUGUCAUCUUCACGGUCAGCGACAAUUAAUAAUGAUUUGGUUAUUAUCCAUUGUCUUAACAUGAGCUGUUCCUUUAUUUCUAAGUUAAAUUUUAAACUUUUUAAAAUUAUGAUUGUAAUAACUUGUAUACAGAAUGUGAUAAUAAAUUUUGUUACUUUAAUUUCUAUACCUCUUUAACAGGGUGAUGAUGGUAAUUCAUCAAUCAAAUGGUAAUCAUAGAAUCAUACAGCAAAGGAGGAGAGCAUUCGGCCCAAUUUGUCUGUACUGGCACUUUGUAGGGGCUGUUCAAUCAACCUCAGUCCCCUGCCCUUUCCACAUAUCCCUGCAAAUCUUUUCCCUUUUCACAUGUUUAUCCAAUUUCCACGUUGCAGCUGAUCUUUAGUUACUUGUCAAACAGUGCUAAUGACCUAUGAUGGGCUACUUUGAUACAGUGUAUUUGAGCAUUGAAGACAUUCUGUAAGCACUGCAGGAUGUGGGCUGCAUAUACCUCAUCUGUUGUUUUAUUUAAGUUUAUGGCUGCUUUUAGAUUUUUUUGUUGCUCCUCCAUCCUCCAUGUUAGAAAAAAACUUCUGAAAGGACUUGUUUUUUUGUUCUCUACCCAGUUUCACCAGACAAAUAGCUAUUUCACAGAACAGUCCCAGAAUUGUACCCACUUUGAAAAAAAUAAAAUUCCGUUUUCA